AUUUCAAUGUCUCGGAGGACAUGUGGAACUUCCUCUGUACUUGCCUGGUCUCCAUAUGGCUGCAGAGAUUUUACAUCUAUUCAGCUCUUGCUUUUGGGGUCAGCAUUUGGAUUGUGAUUCAGUUCACCACCUCCAAAGCCAAAAAGAAGGGCAAAAAAUCCAAUGGGAAUCCUGCUGCUGCUGAAGGGACAGGAGGCAAACUAGUAAAUGGACAUGCCACCCUGCAGGCAAAGGAGGUCUAUGUUGCUGGAGUGAAGAUUUUCUAUGGGUCUCAGACUGGCACAGCAAAGAGGUUUGCCCAAGUUCUGGCUGAAGCAGUUAUUUCCCUUAAUUUGCCCGUGGAAGUCGUUAGCAUGGGAGACUGUGAUCCAGAUGACUGUUUAUCAGAGGAGACAACCAGCAGGAAGAUCUGUGUGUUCCUGGUGGCUACAUACACGGAGGGGCAGCCCCCAGACAGUGCAGUGUGGUUCUGCCAGUGGCUGGAAGAGGCUGCAAAUGACUUUCGUUAUGGCAAAACGUACCUGAAAGGCCUGAGGUUUGCUGUGUUUGGCCUGGGAAACUCACUCUAUGCUGAUCAUUACAACACAGUGGGAAGGAACGUUGACAGGUGGCUGUGGAUGCUCAGUGCCAGGCGUGUCCUGACUCGUGCCCAGGGGGACUGCAACGUGGCCCGCAGCAAGCACGGCAGCAUCGAGGCCGACUUUGAAGCCUGGAAAGCCAAAUUCCUCAGUCGGCUCCAGGCCCUCUGCAGAGGGGAAAAGAAGCCCUGCAGUGGGAAGUGCAAGAAAGGGAAGUGCAAAUCUCCAGGGAGGCAGAGCAAGGAGAGCUCGGAUCACGAAUGUGGGGCGUCAGAAUAUGAGAAUGCUGAGGGAGAAGAGUUGUUUGAAACAAGCAGUGAGGAGGAGGCUGAUGCUGAGGAAGCUGGAGGCACAAAUUCUGUUGUUGAUGUUGAAGAUCUUGGUGCUAUCAUGAGUCACAUGAAGAAAUCAAAGGUACAGCAAGUAGAGAACUGUCAGGUCUUUGAGAAUGCUGCAAGGAAGGAGGAGGAGGAAAGGAGGGAGAUGAUAACCCCUGCUCUGAGAGAAGCACUCACAAAACAAG